UUAGUCAGAGAGCCUCCAAAGGCAUCUAGUUUCUGUCAGUGUAAAAAGGCAGGAAGAUGACAAGGUGUGGAGACACAGAGAACAGGCAUACAAGAACGAAGGGAGAAGGAACAUCAUCAGAUCAUAUACACCAGUCGGGCCUGCCGCUUCCACCCCCAUCCUUGUGACAGGCAGAGAGACAGAUCUCUCUCAGCCUAGGAGCUUCUUGUGCUUGGCUUAAGUAGAGAUCAGUCAGAGCUGUUAGUAAGAACCUGUGCACCCUUGGCACUCUGAACCCCCAUUGACAAGUCCAUCUGCAGAGGCUCCCUCCCUGGAACCCAGAUAUCUUGGCCCAGCACAGACCAGAAGAAUGCAUAAGUCAUGUAGAAGAGCAAACUUUUGGACCUCUGUUCAUUGACCCUGGCAGAGAAGUAUUUGUAGAUUUGUGCUUUUUACACCUUGAUGUGAAAUGUGAACAAGAGUUCUAGUCUUUGUUCCAGAGACAGAAACUUGGAGAAGAACAAGGAAAAUGGCUGUGUCUCCUGUAAAUGAGCACCAGGAUCUGUUGACAUUCAGGGAUUUGGAUGUAGACUUCUCCCAGGAGGAGUGGGAAUGUCUGGAUUCUGCUUGGAGAACUUUAUACAUUGAUGUGAUGUUGGAGAAUUACAGAAAUCUCAUUUUUGUAGAGAAACAUCGCAUAUGUGGUAAAUAUGAGAACAUCAUGGAUCAAGGAUCAAAUAGUACUGUCUAUCAGCACGUGAAUAUCCAAGAGAAGUCUUACAAAAAUAAUGACCUUGGCAAAAUGCUUUGUGAAUCAUCUCAGUGUAUACCUUAUAACACCAGUGGUACUACAGGAAACCAUCAGAGAAUUCAUACAGGAGAGAAGCCUUACAAAUAUGGUGAAUGUGAAAAAUCCUUUGGAUGUAGCUCAAAUCUUGGAACACAUCAGAAAUCUCAUAAAGGACAGAAACCUCACAAAUGUAGUGAAUGUGAGAAGUCAUUUACACGUAAUUCAACUCUUAAAAAUCAUCAGAAGAUUCAUACAGGAGGGAAACCUUACAAAUGUUGUGAAUGUGAGAAGUCAUUUACAUAUAGUUCAACUCUUAAAAAUCAUCAGAAGAUUCAUACAGGAGGGAAAUCUUACAAAUGUAGUGAAUGUGUCAAGUCAUUUACAUGUAGUUCAACUCUUAAAAAUCAUCAGAGAAUUCAUACAGGAGGGAAACCUUAUAAAUGCAGUGAAUGUGAGAAGUCAUUUUUAUAUAAUUCAGUUCUUAAAAAUCAUCAGAGAAUUCAUACAGGAGAGAAACCUUACAAAUGCAGUGAAUGUGAUAAGUCAUUUACAAAUAGUUCAAAUUUUAAAAAUCAUCAGAGAAUUCAUACAGGAGAGAAACCUUACAAAUGUAGGGAAUGUGAGAAAUCCUUUGGAUCUGGCUCAACUCUUAUAAAACAUCAGAGAAUUCAUACAGGUGAGAAACCUUACAAAUGUAGGGAAUGUGAGAAAUCCUUUACAUAUACCUCACAUCUUAAAAGACAUCAGAUACUUCAUACAGAAGAAAAACCUUAUAAAUGUAAUGAAUGUGUAAAGUCCUUUGCAUGUAACUCAAAUCUUCAGUCACAUAAGAAAAGCCAUACAGAAAAGAAAUCUUACAAAUGUAGUGAAUGUGAGAAAUUCUUUAAAUAUAGAUCAGGUCUUAGAAGUCAUGAGAGAAUUCAUAGAGGAGAAAAACCUUACAAAUGUUGGGAAUGUGAGAACUCCUUUUCAAGUGCUUCAGAACUUAGAAUACAUCAGCAACUUCAUAUAGGAGAGAAACCUUACAAGUGUAGUGAAUGUGUGAAAUCAUUCAUGUGUGCCUCAACUCUUAAAAAACAUCAGAGAGUUCAUACAGGAGAGAAACUUGUAGCUAAUGUCACUAAUGCUUUAGCUAGCAGACACAGCUAAGGAUCUAUCAGAAAAUUCAUCCUGGGGAGAAAAGUUUCUGUUGGAAAUGACUUUGUGUAUGUUUUUUUCCAAGCUCUGUACUUAAA